GUGAUAGAAACACUUUCAAAGCUUUCUCGCACUCCUAUUGCGCUAGGCACGGGAAUAAGGCCCUUCCCUACAGAAGAAAGCGUUGAUGAUGAAGAUGUCUACAAAGGUCUUCCUGAUUUAAUAGAUGAAACUGCUGUCGAUGAAGAUGAGGAGUUGUAUGAUUGCGUCUAUGGAGAAGAUGAAGGUGGGGAGGUUUAUGAAGACCUAAUGAAAGAUGAAGCAGCACAGCAACCUAAAUGUACUGAAAAUGACAUAAGAAGCUGUUGUCUUGCUGAAAUAAAGCAAACUGAAGAGAAAUACACUGAAACUCUGGAAUCAAUAGAGAAAUUUUUCAUGGUGCCAUUGAAAAGGUUUCUGUCAGCAACAGAGUUUGAUACUGUUUUCAUCAACAUUCCUGAUUUGGUGAAAAUUCACAGAAAUCUAACACAGGACAUAAACGAUUCCAUUAUUAACAAAAAUGAUCAGAACCUGUAUCAAAUUUUUAUAAGCUACAAGGAAAGAUUGGUUAUUUAUGGACAGUACUGCAGUCAAGUGGAGAUAGCGAUAUCAUGCUUAGACAACAUCUCUAAGACGAAAGAAGAUGUUAAACUGAAGUUAGAGGAAUGUUCCAAGAGGGCCAAUAAUGGGAAAUUUACAUUGCGGGAUCUUCUAGUCGUUCCAAUGCAGAGAGUGCUAAAAUAUCACUUGCUGCUCCAGGAGCUGGUGAAGCACACUGCUGAUCCCAUGGAGAAGGCAAAUCUAAAACUGGCACUUGAUGCGAUGAAGGACUUGGCUCAAUAUGUAAAUGAAGUGAAGAGAGAUAAUGAAACGCUCCGUGAAAUUAGACAGUUUCAGCUAUCGAUAGAGAAUUUGAAUCAUUCCCUCUUACAGUAUGGAAGACCGCAAGGUGAUGGGGAAAUCCGGAUAACUACAUUAGACAAACGUGCCAGGCAAGACAGGCAUAUCUUCCUGUUUGAUCUAGCUGUAAUUGUUUGCAAACGGAGGGGUGAUAAUUAUGAAAUGAAGGAAAUAAUCGAUCUUCAGAAAUAUAAAAUUACAAACAACCCCACUACUGAUAAAGAAAAUAAGAAGUGGUCUUACGGCUUCUACCUCAUUCAUAUCCAAGGUCAGAAUGGUUUAGAAGUUUAUUGCAAAACUAAAGACUUGAAGAAAAAAUGGCUUGAACAAUUUCAGAUGGCUCUGUCAAACAUACGGCCAGACUACGCGGAUACAAGCUUUCAUGAGUUUAAAAUGCAUACCUUCAGUCGUGUGACAUCUUGCAAAGUCUGUCAGAUGCUUCUGAGGGGAACAUUUUAUCAAGGCUAUCUCUGUUCUAAAUGUGGAGCUGGAGCACACAAAGAGUGUUUAGGAAGAUUAGACAAUUGUGGCAGAGCUAAUUCAGGUG